AAACAUAGCAUGGUUUCCUGGCUAUUGUUUUAGGCUGUAUUCUUAAACGGUCUCCCUUCGUCUUCUCUGCUGGGUUUUCCGUCGUUAAAAUGAACCGACGCGGGGAAUAUGCGCCGAAUCGAUACGCGAUCAAAGCAGAGCCGCAGUACGCGUCGCGGAUCUGGGAUUAAGGGUUAAGCCGCGAGUGUUUUCCGUCAGCAUGUGACGCAGACACGCCAGACAAGGCCUCGGUUACGACCACUGCAGUGGAGGGGAAGGGGAAGGUGAGUUGGGCAACAGCGACCUCCGUGGGCAAUGGGACCGGAUGCUUCCGCUGCGCAAUAGUGGCCCAGACAAAAGGAGGGGAAGGGCUUUAUGGCGAAAUUUAGAUCCGCCAGACAGGCUGUUAUCUGCAGAGGCAAAAGAAGUGAAUAGCCCCUGCGGUAAAGUGGGUGAAAAAAACACCCUGAUUUAGGUUUACAGCCUGAGAGCCAUUGGCAAAGUGCCGUCUUUUCCUGCUCUGAAGGUGUUUGUCUAUUCGAACUUUUAGUGCACACUUUACCCCCUCGGCUUGUUUGAUCUCCACUGGCCAAAUACAGUGCAACUACCAUCGGGGUGAUAGCUUGAAACUAGAAAAACGCAUUAGGAACCUCUUCCCGUUUCCUUUGCUUCUCGAUAGUAAGAACGCAGUGCCGAGUCCUGUGCAUUGAAUUGCCUGUGGCCUUGUGGGGUGUUGGCCAAGCCCUUCGUUUAUAUGCUGGUAAUAAAUAAAAGCCGCAGUGUGAUGUGUGAGAACUCAAGGUUUCUGUUUCGUAGACAUGGUCUGCGAUGGGGGAUUUAGUGCCUUGGUUUAUAAACUAAUACGCAUAGUAAAACAAUCUGCAUCGAUGGUAUCCAUUCAUUUUUGUCAGUGUUUGGUUGAUUGUGAUGCACUAUUUUCAGGUAGCUUCCUGUGCAGUUUGAUAUAUGGCUUUUUUUAGAAAUGCAAAGUUAAUAUGCAUGCAUGUUUUUAAUUGUGUUAUGUCGAUUUUUCAACCGGGUGGUGUCCUCACUAAUAAUUUAUUUCACUUAAAAUGCGUGCGUGCGUUUUUCACUCAACAUCCGUACUGUUUUGUAAAUGUGCUGUUGUCCUUCAUGGUUUUGCCACUGCUCGAGCUAUUUCAGUUUAAAAGGGGUAAACCACAAGUACGAUUUUUACCUCUUUUUGAUUGUGACGUUACACCGAGGCACCGGCUGCAAGCCGGCAUUGCAGUUAAUUUGUUGAGGGCGGUGAUGAUGGCAUGGUACAGGCCUGCACAAGUGAUAACGGCUGUGUGAAUAAUAAACGCUUUAAACUGCGGGUGAAACAACAUGUAACACAUAUUCAUUAAAUAUAAGGUAUCACUAGUGUCACAGUUUUGUUUAGUUAUUUUGAAUCGUAGUAUUUUUUGUUAUUCUUUGCCAUUUUGUGACAAUUCAGACUCCCAACCAUUGUUUCAGAAUUAAUAAUAAUGCAGUCAUAUGUUAUAUCAGGAAAUGUUAUUUUAUUUAAUACGUCAGGUAAUGUAUUUGCACCGUAAUUAUAGCCAAUGCAAUAUUUCUGAUUUACAACUUCAACGCACAAGACGAAUUGCAUGAUUUUCCUUCCAUUUGAUCGAGAAUUUAAAAAUAAAAUAUUCUAGAUUAGAAAAAAAGAAUUAUGCUCAUUGAUUUUCUUUUCCAACUAUGAAAUAUGUUCAUAGCCCUGCUUUAUCUUCGUUAAAACUGCACGCUAGUAUGCUGUAAUGUGUAUUAUUACGCGUUAGAGCGGAUACGCGAACAAAGCAAUCACCUAAAAGCCAAAUCCGAGAAAUACGCAUAUUGAAAAAUCAGACCAUAAGUGCAUACGUGCAACAUACCUUCAUGUUUUCAACAGAUUAGCCUCGCAAACAUAUUCACUUUGCUAGAUAUAUUAAAAAGAACAUUUUGGGCUCCUGAUGUUAAAUAUCAGCCCGAUGCCUUUCACUGUGUUAGUCAGCAAAAUAGUGUGCCGCUAAAAAUAGAAAAUACACGGAAAAUGGAAGUACUUAAUAGCAAAUAAAGAAAAAUGUAAUUCGUUUGGUGGUCAUUUGAUAUCUAGGAUUUUUUUUUCCAAAUCCGAGCUGAACAUUUAUGUAAUGUGGUGGUUACAAUGCGUUUUGGUGAUCAGCAAUGGUACGGUGCUUACGUGCCCUAUAAAGAAUCUCGUAACAUAGGGGCCUCCAAAAGACCACUGCAUCGUUUAUGAUAUCCAAAGGUAAUUCCACCAUCAGCAGUUGCCCACACUGAAAAACACAUUUCUCAUUCGGUUAUUUACAUUUUCAGUCUCGCAGAUAACGUUUCAAAAUAACAUUCUAAUAAUUCUUAGCUUUAAAACUAAAGGUUGUUACAAGAAAACCGGUGAGUAUAAUGACCAAAGGGAUUGAUUUAUCCUUUAUUGUUCAGCCUUUAUGAUCACGUGUGUCUGCUAUCCAAUGGCACGGCAGCCUGUCUCCCCAUUACUAGCCCACUGUAGUUCUCUGUGGGGCCAAGUUGCUACUUGAUUUCUCCACAUUGUUAUUUUGUGAGGCUGGGUUUACUGCGUGUGUAUGUGUGUGUGGUGUGUGUGCGCGCGCGUUUUACUUUUGCAUGAAUCUGUUGUAUGUCUGUGUACAUGUGAGCGUCUAAAUUGUCUGCCAUGUCGACAUCCGGAACAUUGACCAGCUACUACGUCGAUUCGCUUAUUUUGCCCGAGAGCGAGGAGCUCUCCGUGCCGCGGUACACCUCCGGUCCCGGGCUGCAGCACCCCAGGCAGCCCGCCUCCAUUAGCGACCACGGCGAGCUCGGAACCUGCACCUUUCCGUCCAAGCCUCCGGUUUUCGGGCCGUCGUGGAGUCACGUCCCCGCUCAGUUCCCAGGCGGCGUUUCUUCUGUGUACCACCAUUAUGGGCAUCCCCAAGGCCCGGUCGGCGCAGACACGGACGGCCGCUACCAGUCGUGGCUGCUGGAGCCCAUGUCCGGUUCCCUGCCCAUGGCCGGUUUACCGACGACCCACCACUACGGAAUCAAACCGGAGGGUCCGGGGACGCGAGCUGACGGCGCGCUGCCCGGCUCCCACACGGCGCUGCUGCUUUCCGAUUACGCCAACGGGACCGUAGCCACGGCGUCCCCGGUGGAAAAGGACGCGCUGUCCAGUCACGGAGGGGAUACGAGCGGAGAAAGCGAAGAGAAACCGGCGCUCGAUCCAAAUAACCCGGUGGCCAACUGGCUCCACGCGAGUGCCACGAGAAAAAAGCGCUGUCCGUACACCAAGCACCAGAUCCUGGAGCUGGAGAAAGAGUUCCUCUUUAACACCUACCUGACGAGGGACCGUAGGUACGAGGUGGCGAGGCUGUUAAACCUCACCGAGAGACAGGUUAAAAUCUGGUUCCAGAACCGCAGGAUGAAGAUGAAGAAGUUUAAUAAAGACGGCGCACCGAAAGAGAGCGACUGAACCGCAGAUUGACAGUACUUAUAGCGAGCUGUGAGUGUGGAAGCUCUUAACCCUGCUGGACCUUGUUUUUAAACUCAUUGUCUUAUUGUUCUGUAUAACAGAAGCUGUUAGGCUUGUUUGUCCUGUUAAAAAAAAAGAAGAAGAAGAAGAAAAAAAGCAUGGGCUUCAGUUUGCACAAUUUGAACGGUGCACACUCAUUUUGUGUUUGUUAUUUUCUCAUGACUAUUUUAUUAAUACCUCGUUAAAAUGUAUUAGUUGGCCUGGUCCCUGUGCUUGUUUGUGUAAGGAUGUUUCUAGCUGUGUGUGCUCUUGUUUGUAGUUAUACUUGUUGUCUAUUUCAGAGUCCCCUCGGCGUAUAGUUCGUAAAAUGUAUUCAUUUUGCUGUUGUUUCUCCCUUACUGCUUAGAACUAUGACUGAUGACCAUGAGUUUGAAUCUAACGUUGGACCCGUAUAGAGAACUGACUGAUGGCAUGUUGAAGUAGGUUCAUAGACCUCAUAAACCUCUUGGAAAUGCUACAACACUAAAUUAAAAUAUGUAAUAGAAGCUAUAUAACACGACACGAUUGACUACCUAUGUCUUUCAACUACCUACCAUAAUAAUGACGUUUUUUUUUCUUCGAUUGCGGAUUGGAGUAGAUUUGCUUGCAUUAGAUGCUGAACUAUGAAUUUCAGGGAGUAACAUUUUCAAAGUAAUAUUAGUUGUUGAGAGGGAAAUAAAAUAAAACACUGUAGGCUACAUAUUAAAUACCUCACGGUCUGUCGGCCGUCUGACUUUUGGUUGAUUAAUGUAAUUUGUACUUUAUUUAUUAAAUAAAACAAAUUAUAGGCCUGUCUGUGAAUGCAUGCACAUUCUUAUUACAUUUUGGCCUCUCGUCGAGAUGAUAUUUUUAUGCUACACUAUAAUCUCAAUUUGCAAAUUUACGCUACACAACAAAAAAGAAUUGAAGCUGCUUCGUGCACUGCAAAAUUAUAUGAAGGUUACUGCUGUCAAGUAGAUGUCAACAUAGCCCACCCCCUACCCCCACACGCGGAAACGCACAUUCAAAAAAACAGACUAAACUAUUACGAACACAAAAUUAGUGGAAAUUAUCCACAUUUAGCAGAUUUUUGUAAUUAACAUCAAGCAUUUUGAUUAGAAGAAAACACCCAAAUAUACACCUAGACGAAUAUCUGUAUAUGUGUGUGUGUGUGUGUGUGUGUGUGUGUGUGUGUACGUGUGUAUGUUUCGGUUUGGGGAAAGAGCUAUGUCUUGGCAGAGGAUGUUGUUAGCAUGCAGCCAUAAAAGACAAUUACCGCUAUAACCUUUUAUGGGGUGCGAAGCGCUGCGAGGCGAGAGGACACACAACAACUAAAAAAAAAAAAAAAAGGAC